AUGCCUCUCCCACAUGCACAAUCCGACGAGGGCCCGCAUCUGCAUGCUGUUGGCCCUCGCUCAUCUCUGAAGCAGUACCAAUGCGCCGUCCCGGGCUGCCGCCGAGCGUACCGUCGCAAUGAGCAUCUUCUGCGUCAUAUGCGAUCUCACGAUUCCCAGAAGCCUUACGAAUGUCCCAAAUGCCAUAAAUGCUACAGCCGACAAGACGUCCUGAAACGCCAUGUCGCCCAACAGCAUGAGACCCUCCAGCGGCAAGCAGACUCUUCUGGACAAAAAGGAAACCCGGACAGUCCCCAGCCUUACCUUGUGGCGUUGUCCCCGUCCACAACCCAGAACGAGGCAUCUGUUGGCUGGCAACGGGAUGAGGAUGAGGCCCGGGACGCACGAGAGAGCUCAUCAUUACACAGCAGCAUUAGGGAUCUGAGAAGCCAAUCGCAAGUGUCUACCAGCCAAGGCAUCUCUGACGCCGCACACGAACCUGGGCCACAUCCUGCAAUGUUGAGCCCGGGUACGGCUCUGCAGUUGGUGUUGGACUCGUGUGAUCCUUGGAUAGCGCAACCGGCCACUCCGGACUCAUCCUUGAUGACCGGAUAUCACACCACACGUCCAGACGCUCCAGAAGCCAUAGAAAGUGAUUCUUCCCGGCUACCCUCAAUAGCCAGAUCGUCGGGGCCCGUCGAGCUGCAAGCCCCACAAACCAGCGUCCUGAGAAACGGAAUCUUGGAGGAACUAGAUGCUUUGGAAGCACCCGACUUCAGUGUCCGCCAUCCUCUUGGUAAUUUGGGCUACCGCGGCAAGGAACCAUUUGAGGCCGAUCAACCACAAUCAAUCCCUAUGCCCUUCGCAGAAGACUUCGCCGCUCGGCCGUGGCUGGACUAUUACUUUGAGAGAUUCCACCCGCGGUGGCCGAUUAUCCACCAGAGCACAUUUGAUCCAGCUGCCGCAAUUCCCGAUCUAGUCUCCAUGAUGUCAAUGAUAGGGGCAUGGGAGUAUGGCGUUACUCCCUCACUGGAAGUCUCCGAGCGCUGGAGUGAAUCUCUUGUCCUUAGACUGAGCAACGUUCUCUCUCAAGUCUCGACAUGGCCUACAACUGUGUCCGAGAGCGCGAUACAAGCAUAUCAAGCGUUGCUCCUCAAUGUGAUCUUUACCCUUGAAUAUUUAGAUGAUAUGAGAUUUAAGAAGGCGUACCCUCGUUACUGCAUGAUGAUUGCCAUCUUUCGUGGUGCAAACCUGUUCCAAGAGCAACAAAUCCUCGUCCAGGAUGAAACUCAAGACAUGAUUCCGACAAGUUGGUUAAUCAGAGAAAAGUUCAAGAGGUUGGCCUUUUACACCUUCCGACUGGAUAAUUACUUUUAUUUCCUACAAGGACAUUAUCCCGUCUUGAGGUAUGAAGAGUUGUGCCUCGCGACACCCUGUUCUGAGAGGCUCUGGGAAGCCACAACGGUCGAAGAGUGGCACGAUAUCAAAGAGAUUGAGUCCAAAAAGCGAGCAGCUAUGCUCUUCAUGACGCUGAUGGACACCGCCAUGGACUGCGAAGGUCGAGACACAUUGCCUCCGCUCCUCGAAGAUGACUUUGUCUACGGCAUCUGCGCUAUGCAGACAUGGCUCUGGCGAGACAUCAAGAGGCACAGGCCUCGUCUGCAAGUGUUGCAAUCUUCUGAGGGACCCGGCAUUAUUUCUGCCCCAGCAUCAUCACGACCUAUCGAGUAUUGGUCAGCGAUGUUAACAACCUGGAGCGAAUGUCUGAGAGACCGUUCAAUUGGAUCACCUCUAUCAUCCGAGAAGCACAGGGAGUUGUUGGAAAACUGUACCCCGGCGCUAUAUCACUUUUCCCAGAUGUCUCUUCGAGCAAACCUUGAAGCUAUACAAGACCUGGCCAUGGACCGAUACCGCAAACAGUACUCAGGCCCUUACAGGAGACAACUAGAAUCUCGCAUCUUAGAGUGGGUGAGAACUUCGGAUGCCCGGCUAGCCCUGUGGCAUGCAGCACAAGUCCUCAAGCUACUCCAAGAGACAUCGGACAGCAUGGAGACGAGAGGAAGUUCUCUGACCUCUUGGCGCAUCGACUUCAUCGCCCCUCUGGCGCUGUACAAAGCCGGGCUCAUAGUCUGGGCGUACGCGCGCUCCAUCCAGACCCCAGCGAGGAGAGGAGUUUCGUGA